AUGAAAUUAGCAUUUUGUAAAUUAGUAUAUAAUGUUAAUUGUAUGAACUUUUUAAAUAUUAUAGAAGCUUUUGAAGACAUGGGGUUCCGUUUUAAUGAUGACUUUACAUAUGAUCCUGAAAUAUAUAUUGAAAAUUUGAAAAAGUUUUUUUUAAAAAAGUUUGAAGAAUCUGAAAUAAAAUUAAAUGAAAAUGAAAAUACAACAAAUAAUAAUGGAAAAGAAAAUAAUAUGAGUUUUUUAAAAAAUAUAGAUAAAAAUGAAGUUAUGGAAAAAAGUCCAAUAAGCGAUGUACCUAAAGAUAUAAUAUUUUUUUUAAGGGUAGCAUCAUUAUUACAUGGUUUAUGUACACAAAUGAAUGUAAAAAUAAAUUACUUAAGUAUAUUUUCAAAACGUGCUAAAGAAGCUUUAGAAAAUAUAUAUAAACCUAUUGAUACAUCUAUAUAUGUUACACCAAUUAGUAAGAAACCGAAAACAUUUUUAGAGAAACGGAUACAUAAUUUUAUUAAAAAAUUAUAUGAAAAAGAGAAAAUAUUAGGAUGUCAAAUAUGUAUUAUUUAUAAAAAAAAUGUAGUUGUAGAUACAUGUGUUGGAAUGACAGGAGUUGUUGAUAGACGUCCAAUAACUAGACACUCAUUAUUUAAUGGAUAUUCUUUAAAUAAGUUAAUAUUAAAUAUUGCAUUAAUUCACCUAAUUUAUAAUAAAAAUAACGAUGAAGAAUUGUUUGAAAAUGGGCAUCUAAAUGUAUGUACAACCAAUCAAAACGGUACUCUUUUUAAACAGUCUGAAAAAGAUGUAGCUAGCCAAAAGGAAACAAAUGAAAUAGACAAGAUAAGCGGCAGAUGUGAUGGUUCGAAAAAUGUUUUAGUAAUAAAUAAAAAAAAUGAAAAAAAAGAAAAUCAAAAUUAUGACAAAAUAAAUAAUAGUAAAGGAGGUUUGGAUAAAAAAAAGAAACCUACUCAGAUAUAUAGUGAAAAAGAGAUAUAUAAAAAUAUAGAAUCCGAAAAAAUAAAAAAAUUUAAAAAAAAGUUAGACACACCUAUAUCAAACUAUUGGGAUGGAUUCAUAUGUAAUAAUAAAAAACAUAUAACAAUAAAAGAUUUUUUAACAUUAAAAUGUUUUAUUAGAAAACCAUUUCAUGAAAAUAUAACAUUAAAUAAAUUUAUUAAUUACAAUAGUAUGAUUAGUAUGAUAGAAAAUGCAAAAAAUUAUAAUGUAAAAAAUAGAUCAAAGAUGUAUGGUGAGUAUAUGUACUUAAUUGAUACAUACAUUAUGUCCGAAUUAAUUUAUAACAUAUCUGGGUUAGCAUAUCAUGAAUAUAUUUAUAAAAAUAUUAUAAAGCCAUUAAAUUUAGAAGAAGAGAUGUUUAUUCCUUUACCAUCUUAUUUUUUAAAAAAUAUAAAUGAUAAAAAAAAAAAAACAAAUCAAAAGAAUAAAAAUGUAGAGAACAGUUCUAAUAGUAGUAGCAAAAUAUCAGCUGGAUUUGGAUCAUCUAAUAAUCUUAGUAAUGUUUCUUCUUCCUUGAUGAAUAUCAAAAAUAAUGGAUUUAGCAAGUAUGGUGGUGAUGAUUCAUCACAUAUUGAGUCUUAUUAUAAUUCUAAAGGGAAUCAAAAUAUUUCUAAUUUUAAAAAAAAAAAAUAUGACUAUAAAGGUGGGAAUCCAUUUUUUAUGACCAAUAAAAAUGCACAAUUAUCUAACAAUUUUAGAAUAAUUAAAAAUAAAAAUAAAAGAAUGAAUGGUGUUUAUAAUCUUUCAAAUAAUUUAUCUGAAAAUAAAUUUAUAAAUAUAAGUACUUAUAAUUAUAAAAUAAAUAAAAAUAACAGUUUAAUAAAUAUAAAUGAACAAAAUGAGCUUAUUAAAAAGAUGAAUAGGUCAUCAAGUAUUGAUGCAUAUUUUACAGUAAAAGAAUCGAUGGAUGUCAAAAAAAAAAUAAAAAGUGAAAGUGUUGAAAAGGUAAAUAAUACAGUACCAAUGAAUCUGAGUCAACAAUCAUGUUCUGAUCUUAAAGAGGAUGUAAAUAAAGGAAUAGGACAGUCUGAUACAUUACAAAGCUUUAAAGAAAUAGAAAUAAAAAGAGAGCAUGAUAAAGAAAAUGAAAAUGAUGAGGAAGAUAAUUUUUAUGAUGCUAAAGACAAUUUGACAGAAUCUGAAAUGAAAAGUGAUAAAGGAGGUAGUAACAAAGUUUAUGUUAAAUGUAAGAGUAUCGAAAUAAAUGAAGGUAAAAAUAAUGGAAAACAAAAAGAUGUAUUCAGUUUAAAACAUACAUUUUUAAAUCAUGUUGAUAAUUUAAAAGAAAAAACAAAAAAAAUUAAUGAUUCUAUAAAAAACAUAUAUGAAAACAAUGAAAAUAUGUUUUUAAAGAAUCUAUUUACAUCUCAAAAAAAAACAGAUAAAGACAACUUUGAUAAUAAUAAAGAUUGUAGAAGAGAUAAAAAUUAUGAUUUUCGAAAUAUUGAAUAUAAACAUUUAUAUGAAAAAAAAAAUAUUAAAAAGAUUAGAAAACGUGAUAUAUUUUUUGAAAGUAUUUUAAAAGAUGGAAAAUUAAAUAAUAUAGACAAAAUGUGGUAUAUAAAAAAUAUAAAUAAAUUAAAAUCACCACUUAAAAUAUUAGAAAAAAAUUCAAAAAAAAUAUCAGAUGUAAAAAAUAAUUCAAAGAGAAGAUCCAUUAGUUGUAACAAUUUUAAUCAUGAAAAUGAUUUAUUUAAAAAUGUAGACUCAAAUGAAGAUGGAAAUGAUGGAUAUAAAAAGGGUAGAAACAAUGGAAAUGCAAAUUAUCAAAAUAAUAAAAUUGUUAGCAGCAUGAAUGAUAACCGAAAUUUACAUUAUAAAAAUAAAAAGAAAGAACCAACUUAUAAUAAAAAAGAGAGUAUACCAGCCAUUUUUGUAAAUAACAUAAUUUUAGAACCUAAAGUAGAUGUAAUUGAAAAAAGAGAAUCUAUUAUUAUUAAAAAUUAUGAGGAAUUCAUAAAUAAUAAUUUAAACUUUAAUGAAAGCAUAAAAGAACUUUGUGAAAAUGUUGUAUCGGAAAAUAGUAGUGAGGAAUCAGUAAAUAGUAUAUUAAAAGAAGAUUAUAAUAAUUAUCAGAAAAAAAAAAAUAUAAAAUAUAAAAAAUUAUAUAAAUAUAUUAAUGAGCUUAAAGAAUAUGUAAGAGAUAAAGAAAAACAAUUAGACAUGAUGAAAAAAAAUGAAAUUGAAUCGAAUAGCAAUAGUUUUAUUUUUGAAAAUGUUGUCAAAAAGGAUAGUAGUAAUGAUAAUGUUUUUAAUAAUGAAAAUGAUAGUUGUAAUAAAAAUGGAACAAACAGUUUUCAGGCAAAUACUAAUAAUAGUGAUGCUAAGCAAAAGGAAGUAGAAUAUGAAGCUAUGAAAACGGAGUUAAAUAAAGAAAAGAAUUUAUUAAAGAAAUUGAUAGAUUAUAAAUAUUUAAUUAUUAAAAAACAAAUAGAAAAUGUAAAUAAAAGAAAAACAAAAAAAAUGAUUUAUAAUAAUGUAGAUUCAGAUGAAUAUGCAAUGUUUAGUGAUACAGAAUGUAGUAGCAACUAUGACGAUAAAAAUUAUAUUUUUAAUGAUGACUAUCUAAAAAUGAAAGAUAGAAAUAUUAAAGAAAAAAUUAAAAAAUUAGAAACAUAUUUAAUAAUGAAAAAGGCAUACAAAAAAAAUGAUGAAGGGCAUAUCCCUGAAAUAAAUCACACUAUAAAUAAAAAUACUGAUGUUUGUUGGAAGUUAGUAUAUUCAAAAAGAAAUGAAUCUAUGGCAGAGAAAUUAUCAGAUAACGGAAAUCCAAACAAUAAUUUUGAAAAUUUAUUAAACACUAAUAUGCAAAAAAGUAAAAAAAAAGUAACAUCAGACAAUGCAUCUGACGAUGCUGAUAAUGAUACACAAAAGGAUGGAAGUAAUAAAGAUGUGACUAACAUGAAAAAGGAAAGUGAAAACAAUAGUGCUAACACUGCCAAUCCAAAUGAACAGGGUGAAAAGAUGGAAUCUAAAUUAAAAUCAUAUUUAAAUAAUUCAAAUUCAAAACAAAGUAAUAAAUAUAUAACUAUUUUUCAAUUAGCACAAGAUAAACCAUAUGUUUUAGAUCCCCUAAUAUAUGAUUCUAAAAAAAUCUUAGACAAAUAUAUUCCAAUAAAUGGUAGAUAUACUGCAAAAGCUUUAACUAAAAUAUUAGCAUUUACAAAUGAAAAUAUAUUUUUUCCUUCUAACAUUAUGAAUAUAAUAAGAAAAGUUUAUACAAUUGAAGAAAGUAUUGAAUCUUUUGUUUUAACGGGAGGGAUGAGCAGAAAAUGGGGAUUGGGUUUUCAACUAUUUGAGUGUGAAUAUGAUGGAGAAAUAAAUGAAGAAUUUGCAAUGGAAAAGAAAAAGAAAGAAAAAAGAAAAAGCAGGAAAUACAAAACUUCAAGAAAAAUUGUGGGGUAUGGACAAUCUGACUGUUCAGGAUGUUUUACUCUUUCAUUUCCCGAGAUAAACUUAUCAAUAACCCUAUUGCUAUCGGACUUGUAUAAGGGGGCAGAGGCUGCGCAUUUAAUAUUGGAGUACGUGUUGAAGUUGUAUGGGAUAAGACCAAAAUGGAAGGUACCGAUAAAGGUGUCUAAUUUAUUAAAAGUUUUAUAA